CCAACUCAGUGAAGACGGAAGAGGAGAGGACAUUUUCGAUAUCAUAUUUUUAUUACUGGAAGUAGAUCAGAAAUGUCAUUUAUCAUUGCUUGCCCCAAAUAACGUCUAAUUAUUAAAUCUAAAGAACAUUGAAGAGUCAAGAUUCCUGUUAGACGAAACGCGGAAUGGGUUGAGGACGUAUGUAUGGCUGCAGCUCUUGGAGGUUGGACUUCAAACUUGAAAAUUGCAAUGGCUUGAGAAUUUCGGAGGGCGUGAAAGAAUGGCGGAGGGUCCAGUGAGCUUUCUGCUUGAAAAGAUUGCUAGCUUUGUUGAAAAUGAGAUGAUGCUCCUGUGGGGCGUUCGGGAAGAAGUUCUGUACCUGAGAGGAGAACUAGAGCGCAUGAGGGCCUUCCUGAAGAUAGCGGAUGCAAUGGAAGAAAGCGACGAGGAGAUCAAAGUGUGGGUGAAGCAAGUGCGAGAGAUUGCUCAUGAAACUGAAGACGCUCUUGAUGAAUUCACAAUUCUUCAAGCACAUGAUCAUGCGGACGGACUCUACGGCUCUCUCCACAGAUUUUCUUGUUGUAUUAAGAACAUAAAAUCUCGUUGUCGUAUUGUCUCCGAGCUACAAGGCAUCAACUCCAGAAUCAAAAACAUUCUCGGGGUUCACAAGACGCUGCUUCACAAACUUAGCGGAGCUCAACAAGGCUUGGGCUCCAAGAAUGCAGGAAACACGUGGCAGGACGCGCUUCUUUUUGAAAAGACUGAUUUGGUGGGGAUCGAUGAGCCCAAGCAGCAGCAGGUGGGGUGGCUGGUGAAGGGCGGUUCUGGGCGCGAAGUAGUUUCUGUCGCUGCAAUGGGAGGAAUGGGGAAAACCACCUUGGCAAAGCAAGUGUACGAUGAUCCAGAAGUGAAGAAACAUUUCAAAAUACGCGCGUGGGUCACCGUCUCUCAAUCUUUCAAGAUAGAAGAACUCCUCAAAGACAUGAUUCGGCAAAUCUUCGGCGUAGUCAGCAGACCAGUUCCGGAAGGAUUGGACAGCAUGAACAACGACAGGCUGAGAAGAGUAAUCAAGGACUUGCUUCAGAAAAGGAGGUACUUGAUUGUUUUGGAUGAUGUUUGGCACUUGCGUGUAUGGGAUGCUGUCAAAUACGCCUUGCCUAACAAUCGUUGCGGCAGCAGAGUGAUGCUCACUACACGCAACGCCGACGUAGCCUCCACCUCCGGUGUGGAAUCCAUCGGUAGGGUCUAUAAAUUGAAUCCCCUGCCUCCGGAGGAGUCUUGGGAUCUUUUCUGCCGGAAGACUUUUCAAGGGGAUGCAUGCCCUGCUUAUUUGGAGGAAAUAUGCAGAAAUAUUUUGAGAAAAUGUGAGGGACUUCCCCUGGCGAUUGUGGCAAUCAGCGGUGUUUUGGCGACAAAAGACAAGCGUAGGAUUGACGAGUGGGAUAAGGUUUGCCGCAGUCUUGGUGCGGAAAUCGACGGCAACGACAAACUCAAGGAUUUGAAGAAAGUACUUUUGCUCAGUUUCAACGAUUUGCCGUACUACCUGAAAUCUUGUUUCUUGUACCUCAGCAUCUUUCCAGAAGAUUAUCAGAUUGAGCAAAUGAGAGUGAUUCGAUUACUGAUAGCGGGGAGGUUUGUUGAAGAUAAAGAAGGGGAAACGCCGGAAGAAGUUGCGAAGGACUACCUCGACGAACUCCUGAACAGGGGCCUACUGCAAGUGGCGGCCACAACGAGCGAUGGAAGGGUGAAGAUGUACCACAUCCAUGACCUGCUGCGAGAGAUUAUCGUGACAAAGUCAAGAGAGCAGAACUUCACUACAAUCGCUAAAGAUCAGAACGGGGUGUGGCCCGACAAGGUCCGACACCUGUCGAUACAUAACACAACGCGAAAUGUUCAGCAAAACAGGUGUGUUUCUCAACUUCGCUCUCUGUUCUUGUUUGGGGUGGUAGAAAAGCUACACAUUGGAAAAUUGUUUUCUGGCGCUUUUAGGCUGCUACAUGUGUUCGAUUUGCAGAACUCACGUAUACACAGGUUCCCAGUUGAUAUUGUGAACCUGUACCAUCUGAAAUAUCUAAGCUUUAGGGGAACCAAAAUUAGACGCAUUCCAAGCUUUAUAGGGAAGCUUCAGAAUCUAGAAACUUUGGAUCUUAAACAUACCCGUGUCACUGAACUGCCUGUUGAGAUCUUGAAGCUCACACGACUGCGCCAUCUUCUUGUAUAUCAUUACAAGCUUGAAUCCUACGAAUAUUUUCACUCGAGAUAUGGUUUUAAGAUCCAAGGAAAUAUAGGAAGUUUGCAAUCCCUGCAAAAGCUCUGUUUCAUAGAGGCGAACCAAGGCGGCGGGACUAUAAUGACAGAGCUUGGGAAACUGUUUCAACUAAGGAGGUUAGGCAUUGUGAAGCUGAGAAAAGAAGACGGCAAGUCUCUGUGUUUAUCCCUCAAAAAGCUGACCAACCUUCGUGCUAUGUCGUUGACAUCAAUAGAGGAGGAAGAGAUACUUGAUUUGGAACACCUUUCUUCUCCACCUCCAUUGCUUCAGCGGCUGUACUUGAGAGGGCGUUUCGAGAAGUUGCCUCACUGGAUUCCAUCACUCCAUGGCCUUGUCAGAUUGUAUUUGAAGUGGAGUAGAUUAAAGGAAGACCCACUUGUGCUCCUCCAAAAUCUGCCCAAUCUUGUGCAUCUUGAAUUGCUUCAGGUUUUUCAGGGAGACACGCUGUAUUUCAGGACCGGGGGGUUUCAGAAGCUGAAGGUUUUAGGCCUCGAUGAAUUCAGUGAGCUUACAUGCGUGCAAGUGGAAAAGGGAGCAAUGCCCUGUGUUGAAAAGCUGAUUAUCCAGCGGUGUAACUUGCUUAAGAAGGUGCCAUUUGGGAUUGAACAUCUAUCCAAGUUGAAAGUGCUAGAAUUUUUCGACAUGCCCGAAGAAUUAAUCAAGACGCUUCGUCCCGAGGAAAAAGGGUGCGACUAUGGGAAAGUUGCUCACAUCCCAGAAGUCUAUUCUACCUACUGGAGAGAGGGAUGGGAGGUCAAUUCUCUGGAGAGUCUCAAUGAGGGAGAGAAUUCCCCCAGGCGCAGUACUAUCAUUUUGAAGAGUCAUGAUCUUCAAACGCGUUGGAAAUGAUAUAUUCAGAGAUAUGGGGCAUGCUUGUACAAAGCAGUGAUGAUGAUGAUGAUGAUGAUGGUGUUGGAGUUCUGUAGUGCUUGAAGCUGGCUCGUGUGUUGGAGGGUGUAAAUAUGCAAGUGACUGUAACAGUUCUUAUAGUUGGAAGAAAGAUUUAUCUGGACUUCAAGCGGCUUAUUAAUGCUUGGGGCUUCAGAGGUAACUUGUGGUUCACAAUGUGUAUGAUGCUCAGAGCAUCCAGGUUGUGAAUAUGUGGAGGAUGAAAGAUUGUAAAUACUGUAAAUGAUUGUAAAAAAGAAAACACAUUGUAAUUAAAUAAGCACGGGGUAUAGUCCUCACUCCGGUAAAGAUGUAAAUUACUGUCAAUACUCCAACAGUUGUGGUGAACCACAAAUUGUAAACAUGUAAAGAUUGUAAAUACUCAUUAUCAGUGUACAGGGAUAACCUCUAGUUGUCUAUAUAAUUGGGGCAUUCUUGUACAAAGUCAGGUUGCUCUGUGGAAUUAAUAUUUAAUAUUUGUUCA